CUGCGUGGUCACCUUUGGAGGUUUGCAUUGUUUCCUAUUUUGAUAUAGCAAAAUACGCAAGAUGAACGUCGCAUUUUUACCUACAAAGUUGAGAUGCCUCAAGGAAAUAGCAUCGAGAUCUGUCGUCAAAGACUUGCAGUGCGAACGGCACAGGGGCGUUUCUCAUUUUUUUCUCGCGGGUUUACCAAAAAAAAUGAAAACGCUGUCUGGUAUGCAACAGUUGAGAGUGUAACAGCUGAGGAGGCCAUAGACCCAACGCCGACGCGGACCAAUUUAGGAUGAAAACAGACAAAAUAUAAGAGCGCUCGUCGUACGCAUAUGCUAACGUAACCUUUCCAGAUCUAAUAGUACUAGAGAAACAUGCUUUUAGGUACCUUGCUGAUUUCUGUUUUACGCAUAGCUUCCCGCAAUAAACAUAAAGGGUACGCAUCAUAUAACACAGCAACGACCGGUCUUAAGGUCGUUGUCGUGACAUCGAAAAAAUCCUCGGCCACGACAACUUAUUGACGCACUGCCAAGAAUCAUUCAACAUGAUCCAAUUUUUCAACGCGGCUGAUAGUCACCUGGUCUUGAUGAACUAAGUAAACAAGUUGGUUUAAUAGAUACAGAUGUUGCUUCAUCUCGAGAAUAAAGCAAACUUGAUCGAAAAGCGCGGCGGCCGUUCUUCACUCACAGUGCUUGUUUUAUUGUAUAUAUAUUGUCGAAACCCAGGAGGGGAGAUAGAAGAGGAGAUGAAGAAUCGAAGAAGGGCAUUUUUGCAAAAAAAAAAAGAAUGAAUGCUUAGGGUAAAAUAAUAUCAAAGCUCCCUGUAAUCCUGAGUGAACUCUUCUUCCUGUAGAUCUUCUAUCAUCAGUACUAUAAAUCAGAAUCGAGCUUGCUGAAUGUCUCCCGAAUAAUUUCAAGAUCAUGAUCAUCUGAUCGUGCUAGCUUCUUCUUCCCCGACAAACUACUUGAAGAAGGCGCAGCCGAAGUACAUGAAAAACAAUUACGAAUUGAACGAAGUGUAGUUUCCACCGUUCCUGACUACUUACAAAGGAAGCGCAAAGAUGGAAAUAGAGACGUCUGAUCUUACACAACAAGGUGCGACGUCAGCGUCACCUGCGUUGUAUAUGAUCUGGACGGGUAGUACAGAUAUCACCUGGUCUGUUCCAAGGUUUUCGAAAUGCGGGCUGCUCUCGUACUCGUUCAGGACUAAGAGUAGCAUAAUGCGCAUUCCCAUGAGAGGCAUUCUUUUCAAUUGCCUUUAGCAACAACAUUAUACUACAAUACCCUUCUUUGCAGGAAGUAGAUGUGUCGUGUCUAUUCAAGUUAUCUUCCAAAGCCACAAAUAACAGCAAUAUUAUUCAGGCUGGAGGAAGCACCAAGACCUGGUAAAAAUCUGAAUUUAUGCUUACUUCUUGCGAGAGAUUCUUGCUUGUCCUGCUGCUGAACUAAGGCUAUAAGAUUCGCCAAACCGUAAACAAUACGCGAAACUACACAGUUCAAAUUCUGCACCUGGACUGCUACGGCACACUCUAGAUUAACCAAAGUAGCACAGCGAGCUGAAAGUUGAAGACACAGAUAAAAUGUCGGAGCAGCACCAGCCCCUGCCGACGUUGGAAGAGGCGCAGCGAGCGGCUGUGGCUGAUCUUUUCGGAGAUGACUUUCCCGAGACUCCAAAAGAGGACAAAGUUGUAGUCGGCCAGGGUCUAUCCACGAUAAAUAUGUCUGGGUCUGGAAGCCUAAUGCGCAGGGUUGUCAUGCUUCUUCCGGAUCACACAGAUGGUCCGGGAUGCACGCAAAAGCCUUGCAAGUUUUUUUCAGGUCGUUUGAUGCCUGUCCUGCAUGAGCAACUCCCCCUUGAAUUGCGUAAGUAGCAGGUAGGGACAAGUUGAAGUUUUGGUGUCUCUCAUUCAGAGUCUGCAUGACAAGUUCGCAUCCUUGAACUUGCCCGUCCAGAACCCAGGCAUAUUUUUGCAAUGCAUAAGGUCCGAGUUCCUCGAGCAGCAUUCCGAAGCGUGAAACGUCUCGAUCACGAUCGCGGUCUCCCAGAAGAGAAGGACCUCUCAAGUUGGCGGCCGAUCAAGCGACCCCGAGUUUUGUACUCUGAGGAAAAAUCCACCCGCCUCAUACUCAGACGACCCAGAACCUCUGAUAGAGUGCUAAUUUGAUUUGGUCACGGAGCGCAAUCAUCUUGUAAGAGGGCUGUGCCUGAGCCUGAGAUCAUGUCCGCCGCGUUGAUUUCUGGCGCUGCGGUUGGGCGCGCAGGGCCGCAGGCACCUGCAAUGCGAAGCAGCUGCCUAAGAAACUUCGCCUCGCUCUCUCGUCUACUCUCGUCUACUGCAUAUGCCUCCAGCGGUCACGAAGCGUCCGCCCGCGCUAGAUACCACUGCCAAGACUGAGGGCAAGAUGGGGAGGGGCGGGAUUUACCGUUUUCAUACGUUGAUGGCUCUUUAGCUGUACCAGCUCAGCACCAGCAAGGUGGGGCCUCUCCGCAACGUAGUGCCCCCGCGUCUCCGAAACUAUCCAGCGGUGCUGCGUCUCCGAAAGCAGUAUUAUCUCCUGCACUCAUGUUGUUUGGGCGUUCAUCAACAUUUAAAUUUAUAUUUCUGGUUAAUUGAUUCGUGACCAGCCGAGUUCUCGCUACAGCUUAGGGCCAAGUAGAGUGACAGGCUUUUGUUUCUUGAAGGGCAUGCGUUGUUCUUGCGGAUUUCUAUUUUUCUGCUUGAAUGAAGAUGGACAAGUGCGAACGACAUAGAGCGAAACGAGCACCGCCCCUGGUUGCCUGUGAUGUUCAUCAUCUAAUUUUGUUCACAGAGGCUACGGCAACCAUGCCCACGAGGGGGCGGGGGGAAAGCACUACUACUUUAUUGCUUUAGUAACUCUAACUUUGCAAUGUUGCUCGAGAAGAAGACCCGGAUUACAUAUUUGCAACGCAUAACUGCUUUCGUCGAAGCGCCCAAGCGUCAGCGGGUCCUCGCCCAAACUUCCCUUUGGUCAGGUAUCAACUGUCAUCAUCGAAAUGCUGUUAACAGACGCGCGGCGCCAGUCUCUUCCACUGAUUCUUGUUGUACUUAGUAUUCUUGCAACCAAGUCCGUCGCCAUCUUCGCGCAAAGCCAACUGAUUCCAGGGCAGGCACAGGAGCGCUUCUCAGAUUGUGAAAUCACAACGCGACUAAAAAAACAGGUGGAGAACAGUGAGCAGUUGAAUGAAGAAAUUCGUGAUGUUAUCCUGCAGAAAAGUAAGUACACCCAUUUGCAUUCCCAUACUGGAAGAAUACAAAUACUACAUUUGUAUGUAGUGAGGUCACCGAACGGUUCUAACCAGGGAGUUUUUUUGGCAGCCAGACAGCAAAACGGCCGUCAGUUUUCAAGCGGGCGGAAGCGUUUUUUGACAAAAAAGAUUCUCAAUUAUCAAGCGGGCAGAGCGUUGCUGGCAAACAAGCCCGGUCGAAAACUAUCGACUCGCACUUGAUAAAACGACGCAGGGGAGCCGGCAAAAGGGGCGCCCUUCUGAGGCGCCCACCGCCUUGGUUUCUGCCGAUUUGGGGAGCCCAAAAAGGGGCGCGCAAAAAACGCGCCCAAAAUCAGAACAGCGAAACAGCAUGGCACGGCCGCGAUUUCCGAGCAUUUUGGGCGGCCGCGAAAGCGGCCGCCUUUUCGCAGGUUUUAGAACCGGGGAAGCUUUGCAAAAAGCGCCGGCGGGAAAAAUAAAAACGCGAAAAAUAAAAAGCGCCCCAGACGCGCAAAGCCAAUCCGCAUGCUAUGGGCCCGGUUUUUCUUCGCUUUUUGGGCGCCCCCCUUGGCACCCGGAUCGGCCCCAUAGCAUCGGGGCUGGCUUUCGGAAAGGAAUUUUGGAAAUGUGCCAAAAUUUGUGACGUUUCCCAAGUGGCCGCCAUACCGUGCGGCAUAACGUUACUCACGGCGGUAUGGCGAGCCCAGAAAUAGCAAAGCCGCGGCCAAGGCGGCGGCCGGCAAAAAAACGCCCACGACCUCACUACCCCCGCCCCGGCGGCUAUAUUUCGUAUUGCUGUUUUUCUGUUCCAAAAAACUUUGAUGUCAUAUUGUUGCUCCGCCCCCGGUGGGGCGAACACCUACCAUGCAAAAGAAAUGCUUAGACAAGAAAAAUCCAGUGUAGCACGUUAAACAUCGAGCAUCCGCCCCCUCCCGCGGGAUCGCGAGGGAAGCUGUUGGCUUGUACGGGUUUCACCUUCCAGCUGGCCGCCCCGCAUCCGCAAGCCUGGCUGCUAGCGUGCCCAGAUUCGAGGUUCUUCCGGGUGCUAAAAAAAACCAAAGCGGCUCUCCCGCUUCAAAAACGCUGCCGCGCUGCUGCUGUGCAGUUAAGUCGUCCCAUGAGCAACUACCUCGGCGACGCGUUUCCAAACGAAGCCAGCCACACGCCCGACCAGAUUGCAGGAGGCGGCGAGGGGCCCCCCUAGAGGGCUACCUGAAGUAAGUGCUUUCUUUGAUCUUUGAAGUCGGCCACUUGCACUUCUCCGCGGGGGAAGGAGCGCCCGGGGGUGGCGCUUUUAGGGGUUGGCUUUUUUUGCAAAAACGGAAUCCCCUGCCGUGAGGCUUCCCCCGAUAAGACGGCUGCUGCUCACUGGAUGCGGAAAGACCUCUCCGCAGCGUGCUGGAAAUAUGGUCGCCCGAUAUUUUUUCCCGGGAAAAUGACAAAAAACCGAAGCUAAAACAGGCGGAACGGGCGGUAAAACGGCACCAACCGAGGAACGCCGCCAGCUGGCUGAAACACACGCAGGCCAAUUGGCACUUGGCUUGCGUGGGUUUCAGAGAGCAAUUGAAUUGGAAUUGCUCUCCCCGCGACCCCCGGCAGGGGGGUGCGUCUUGCUGUAACACAGCAAGACUUUCCUGUUCUAAACGGGCGAAAUGGACGAGAGUACUGGCGAAAAAAUGAUAUCUCAAUGAGGGGCACCAAGAGGACUGAAGAUCCUCAACGGACAGAGCCCGCCUUUUUAUUUUCCCAAACAAGAAUUGCGACCGACGCAAAUACUUUCUAAUAUCGUAUGGGUGCGCUUUUCUGUGCGAUAGACAUUGGGGGCAGUGAAAGCGUGAAACCUAACAUGGAGGCGAACGAGGAAAGCAAGCCAGCCGAAAUCGUUAUGGAAGUGAGAAGUACCGUGGGAAAUUUCAAUUUUCCAAAUGGAAAAGAUUUGCGGUCGCAUUGAGUAUAUCUACUUAACACUACCAGUUUGAGCCCGCCACUGUUUCUGAGCGGCACAUGGCAUCAAUACUCUUAAUUUCCCAUGGACAUCAAGAACAUGUCUAGACUCAAUUUGUCAUGCUGCUUAGCGCAACGACAGAAAAAUUUCUAACUACUACCUGGCACUUCCAUAAUCGUUCCCGUCCCAGUUGUAGAAGAAGUGGAGCCGCCACACAAAUACUGUUGCUUCAACUCUCUGUAUCGCAAGAAAAUAAAAAAAUGCUUCACUGUAAUAAACUUGUAAUGCAGAAAAUGUAUCUGAGAAGUGAAGUAAAGUGUUUGUAUUUUUGCUACUACACGUGUAGAGCAAGAGCGAGCUUGUGAUGCAAAACUCGCAAAAUCCUUACAGUAAAUGCGAAGUGCUUUUUUCUUACGAUACUCUGUAUCCCGACCAACAGUCUGCGUCAGCACUCAGCUGCUUUGAUUGGCUAACGAAGUCAUGAAUGCGUGUUAAAUAAACAUUUUGUUCUGCUUGUUAAAAUGGAAUUUCACUGGCUGACUGGCACUGGGGUUUUUAGCAAGCAGGGGAUACUACUUGUUGCACAAUCCAAUCUGAAAAACAAAUUGAUAAACUCACGAUUGCUUAUGUUAUGCUCCUCUGGUUCUGUGUUGCAUGACCUGCAUGCACAGCAUUUUUGGAUCAAGGAAGAUCAAACUCCUGGAGCAGCUUCUUUCCUGGAUACUUCAGAAGAUGGUGGCGAAGUGAAGAAAUUGAUCUUCAAGUACCGAAGAAAAGAUGUACCCUAUUAAACAUCUGUGUCCCCUGCCUCCGGAACGAGACUGCAACGGAUGCCAAUGCUUCGUAUAUGUAUCCCCAGUUCUUUCCCAUUCUGAUUGUCAUGCAAUUAGUGCAAACCACUAACCAGAAGCACAACAAGCGCAGUCGUCCCACCAUCUACUUAUAUCUAUUCUGUGGAUUUGUGCAGACGGCCCAUGAAUUUGUGUUGCGGAGCGACUUUGGAUAGGCCAGGAAAUUUGACACCGUGUAAAAAUUCUGUAGCAUGUUGCUCUACGCGCCAAAAGUGAAUUUUCAGGCCAGAAAACAUGCCCAUCCGCGCACCUCUAGGCGGAAUCUUCCCGUAGCUUGUGGCGCACAACUACAUGCUGUUCGCUUUUUGCUGUAUGGGGAAGCAAUUUGGAUUUGAUGCAAGGAGAAGCACAAAAAGGCAAGAGAGUACAUUGACAUGUUACUCGUCUGGGGUCGGGGCACAUUGCAAUAUGAUACGCCGGGUGGCCUCUUUGGCAAGUCGACGCUACUGCACCCAUAAACGUGCCACAAGACUCAGGGUAAGUAUCUGUUGUUAUUGCCGCCCAGCACGCGGCGCAUGUUGAUGAUCUUACCCUCCUCUCACUACUGAAUUCUUGUUCCUCUGAGCGAGUAAAAGUCGCGCUGUUAUUUUAUCGCAAUAUUUAUUUACAACGAUGAAAAACGUAUUCGCUUUCAAAAAUCAAAUUUUUUUUUGCCCCCCUUGAGGGUGGGUCCAGAUAGGACCCCGUCGGUGGCCUCGUUGAACUGGAAGGCGUCGGGCAGGUGAGUCGCGGGACAUUUUUUCGUUACCUGAAUUACUGGAGUAUGUUGAUGAUGUCACUUGAGUAGUCUUAUUAUCUAGCUAGCUUGUCGCGGUGAUAGGUAGUGUAAAUUUGAGCUCGCAUUUGAAGACGUUUUUUUGCAUAGUUCAUUGUUGCCGGCGCCGACGCCCCGGAGCUGCGUAUCGUCGUGAGUGGCAUGCUGGGCACCACUCCAAACGCCAAGCCCCGCAACAGAAAUGAAGAAGGACAAACUCUGGCAGAAGAUAGCUGCGGCCUGAGAACGGUGGAGACUAGUGGCAGCUGGCGCUCAUACAAAAAAGCGACGCUCUUUCACCUGCCUCGGGUUGUUGCGGUGUGUCCGCCCAAUUUUGAGCACUUUUGGUCUGGGCCCAGGAAAACAGUGGAACCGGCUCGGGCACGUGCCAAAGACUUGAAAAAGCUGCAAGGCCACGGCCGGCCUUGAUUUGCGCGCAUUUUUUGGUGCAAAACACCCAUACGGCCGGGGCGCUUCAUAGAGGCCCGCUUCUGAGACGAAAGCGGCCGGCCGCUAAGUUGGCCGCUAUGUCGGCCGGCUAGAGUUCGCCCCUCGCGGCCCACCACAGCGCAGGGCCUUUUUUGGAAAAUCUGGCGCCAAAUUUCCAAGCCCCACGCGGCUUUGGCCCAUCACGCAUGGCCGAAGAAUGUGCCCGGGUCCGCCAGACAAUUUUUGCCCGUGCGGAUUUGCCAGAGAUGGCGCGGCGAAGGGGGGGCGCGGGAAGACCCCCCUACUAGGCGCAGGGGCUUUCCUCAUUUGGGGUUCUGGCGCCCCAAAAUAAAAGACGCGACAGAGUGGCGCUCUCGCGGGCGCGCGAGCGGAUAGUUUUUCUUAUCACCUGUGGCGGCAGUGUUGGCAUGCUUUCACACUUGCCACAACGCGCCGCACCCACCCAAAAAGCGGUAGCGCGGCCGUUGCCCCGCCUGGGAAAACGGGGAAAAGCGUCUGCGACCGUUCCUCUCCCCGGCCCGCCAUGUAAGUCGGGAGCCCCACCAAAUGAAAUGGGCGCAAGCUUGGCCAAACAGACUGCGAAGCCGACGGGGCCCGCUGCAUGCUUUGGGCAACCGCGGGCGAUGCGCUUUUCCGCAAGGCGUUCGCCUCUAGCAAUGGUUGCUCCGAGUAGAGGCCGCAUUCGCUCGCCCCUCGGCGGGCAGGUCCGACUGGGAGAUGCGCAGUUCCGGGUCGGGCGCGCAUGGGCUAGUGGUGGCGCCGUUUUUUUGCAUGCGCCAGAGGGGCAGCCGGCACGCCAACAAGUGCCGCAAGCGGUCGCAAGUCGCUCAAGGCCUGCGGCCUUUCACUGGGGGGGAAAUAAGUCGCAAGCGCUUGUGGGGUGGGCUGGCUCGCGCGGCCAACCCCCUGGCAGCCACGAAGGCGACACGCAGGCCUUUCAAAUACGAGGACAGACAUGACCGCGAUGUGGGCUGCCAAACCGCCGAGAUGCCGGGCCAAAGCAUUUACCACUUAGGCGGCAUCUUUUCUCUAGGCUCGGGCGCAGAGCUGUUGGGUCCGUGGCAAUGAUUAUUUCGGCCUCCCGGGAGCCCGAAUAAUCCUCGCUCAAGGCGUGCCCUUGACCCUCCUUUAUGCCCCCCCCUUGAAUACCUUUUUUUGGCACCCAAAAAUCGCGAAUACCUUUUUUACAGGAGCGGAAAAAGGUAUUCACUCGAUUUUUAUGCCCCUUCCUAUUAUGUGCGGCCAAAGCCCUUCAGAUGACCGACGCAAAUGGUCACGGUUUUGGUCCUUCUGAUGGUCAAGGUUUGGCCAUGUCGACUCAGGUUAUCAAAAUUCUGCAAAACUCUUUUCCUGGUACAAAGAUAGCGAGCAUCGCCCGAAUGCGGUGGCUCGGCGCGCAGAUGGUAGUAGGGUGGUUUCCAAAAAAUUCCGGGCUUCUGCUGGCGUGCUUGCAUGAGCUGGCCGCUAUCCGGGACAAAAAACACACCCACAGUGGGAAUUCACGUCGCAGCCUUGUGCAUGGGCAUUAGCGUCGCAGCUUGAGCAUGGCAAAUUGAGUGGAUGCGUCAUGCAAGGUAGGGAGUUUGUCACGCAAUAUAGAGGAUUUGCAAUGCAGGAAAUGCGACGCGGUCGCGAUUUUGUCACGCAAGGCUUCAUAUUUUGGCAAUUGCAACGCAGCCACAUUGUGGGUUCGUUUUUCCAUACGAUAGGAGAUCCACAGUCUGGCGACGACGUGCAGCUGCUGGCCGUCCACCCCGAAGAGGUCGACCCCGAGAUGUUUCCACCUAACGAGGACGUCGAGCCGCCGGGGAUCGACGGUCUUUAUGCUGCUCCGCCCGACACGGCUACGACGGUCCGGAGAACCCAUUUGCAGCAAACGCAGGAAUGGAUGAGGACGAGCAAGGGAAUGACCACGCGGAGAACCAUGGGAGUGGCAAGCUGUCCGGCCUGCAGAUAUGCACUGAAAAACGUCACCCCUGUUGACCGAAUUUGUAUUGCUGAUUUCGUGGCAUGGCGCAGAUUGCCCUGCUGGAUUUGUCAUGCAUGCCGGGGAGCUGCGACUCCCUAUCGUCCUGGGCUAAAAAUGGUCCCUGCGUUACAGGCUGCACAUAUCGCGCGUGACAAGUUUUUUGGUAUAUCUAACUGCGCAAAAGUGCCGCGGUCUUGCGAAGAUUUGUAAUGCAGUUUCGGCUCGGUGUGUGAAUUUGUCACGCAUAACUACGACGAAAGAGCAAUACAAGUUUGGCAGGGGGUGAUUCGUUUUUCAUGGGAUGGCGAAGGAUCCGGAACGUACAGCGGUGUCUCUUGAAUAUUUCGAAGGAGUGGGGCACAUUCUCGGGGAGCCUAUCCAUUGCAAAAGUAUCACAUCAACAUAAAUUGCAGCAAUGCAUCUACAGAUCCGCUGUCCUAACGUACUACGCAUCACAAAUCCCGGCUGUCUCCUUGAAAAAUUUAUUGUCACACAAUUUAUAACAGUGCGAUACUUUUGCAAAGCAUAGAGCCUCUACGCCGCCAAUUUCUCCCUUGACAAGCUGCACCUCGCGACGACAUUCGACGCCGAAUAUUGAGUCCCGAAGAGAUGGCGGGCGUUUCACCGGAACCAGUGGGAGAACUGUUGUCGAGUCUGGGCGUGGUCGAUCACUAGCCGCGGCGCUUCGGACUGGUGCCCAGACCGGAUGGCAUUGUUGGGAGGCUCCUGUCGCUGAUGAGCGUCUACCUGCUGCCGACAUCUGUCACAAAACGUCUCAAAUGCUAUCUACUUUACACUAGCUAUCACCGCGACAAGCUACAUACUUUCAUUCGCAUUCUCAUUCAUCACUAUCAGACUACAUCUCAAAAAAAAGGAAUUGAUAGGUCGGAGAAUCCGGAGCCGCUUGUGGGGCCGCUGAGCCAGGAGACGCGGAUGAGGACAAUCGGGCCGGAUGCUGCAAGGGGGCUUCAAAAAAAUUUGAAUUUUGAAAGCGAAUACGUUUUUCACCCUUGUAUUAUUUGCGAUGAGUUUAUGUAUCUAUAAAUCUUGUGUCUCAAACAUUGUUACUCCAGCUUUUCUUCUCAUCCGACUCCGACAACAUCAUCGAUGCCUAAAAAUUAGAAUUGUCGAUAGAAUCUGCAGAAGCAGAAACUAGCUGGGCGAUAGAAUUCUUGAGACACCGAGGAUGAUGUUGUGUCAAAAAGAAUUGAAACACGAACACGACAGGCGAUUCCACUUGCCGGUGUGGGUUGUCGGCACGGACGCAGAAGGCUAUCAAGUGCCAAUAUAUCUGGGUCUGAAGCGUGGCAAAUGGUUGUGAUGCUCUUUUUCUUUUGCAUGACGACCGAGAAGGUUUUGAGUGCUACGCGCUGUCUCCUGACAUCAUAACAUACAAGUGUCAAGAACGCUCCUCGAACUCCUCGUCAGUCCUCGAUGCUGAUCUCGCCUAAGUAGUAAGAAAUGUCGUAAGUCUCCAAGUAUAUGUACUAUAGAGAAAACCCAUAGCGGGUGGCUUUUGCAGUUCAACAUGCAAUGCAGAUCUUUGCUGCAACCACAACAAGCAAAAGGAAAAGCAUCGCUUCCGGACCCAGACAUAUUUGCAGCGUAUAAAGGCAACGAGGAGAUCAAGGUCCACGAGACGCUUCACAUAUCGUGUAUCCUCCUAAAAAAAAACGUCCCCACCAGCGAAAUGCGAACUUUGCAACAGCUAUCAACAAGGUUUUGCUGUCGGGCGUGAGGACAAUUUUGGAGCUGUAGCGUAGUCGUGGAUGCCUAGUUAGGCCUCUACAUAAUAAAAAAAUAUAGAGCUCUACCCUGAAGAUUACUAGAGCGUGACAAAUGAAUCUCAGACAAGGAUAAAAAUUGCUCCACAUGACGCUGCGCAUGAGGACCAACUAAGGAUAAGGCUUGCAGAUUUGCAUGACAAGUCUGGGGCGGGGACGUUUUUGCGCGGGAUAUCCCGCAGCACAGAACUACAGGAGAGUCUGAUGAAAGAUAUGGCAGGAAAGUCGCCUCCAAGAACUGAACCAAUCUCAAUCUCACCCGCACAAAAAUUUGCGCCGCACCUUUGUCUUUUUUGAAAACCGCUGCGAGCGAUCUUUGCGAGAAGCCUGCUUUGUCUUUUUGAAAACCGCGACAAGGCAACAACUUGACAACGCAGAACCAGAGCUACAAAUUUUGGAUGUGCAUUUUUGUGCCAGUAGUUGAGAAUGAGACUGUGUCACCUGACAGGCCAUAAAGGAACUCGAAAACUUCGAAAACCCGCCCUCACAUCUUUGCGCGAAGGUUAUGCUGUAUGACAAGGAAACCGAGGAGCAAGUUGGGCUAACAGUUCCAGAUCCAGAGGUGACACUAAACACAAAUCUACUGACAUUGAUUUUGUUAGUAGUUUGAUAUUAUUUCUUCCAGCAGCUGCACAGGGGUUCAGCUUCAGUGGACAUAAUUUUUUUCAUACAACAUACGAAGAUACAAGAUUAUUUAUUUCGGACACGCAGCAGUAUGUAUGAUGAUGAUUGCGAAAUAGUAUCUUCGCUCAACAACAAGUAAGUAGAUUAUCUCAAACCACCGACAGGAAAUUUACACGGCCAUCGAGCGACAAGACCGCAGUUAUGGGUGGAUCGAGCACAUGCUGGAAAAGGAUAAAGAGAUUCUGAGCAACCGCUAUCAUCCAGAGGAGUACACCCAUGCCAAAUACUAUCGAGAAAAUAAACUAUAUCAGUGGCAGUGGCAGUGCUUCAGCUACUUUUUUGAUGCAACUUGACGUCUGUGCUGUAUCUUCUCUUCUUGUUGCCGCCCUUAUACUGCCUACCGCAGGCGGGGGCGGCCCCUCCUUCGCUACUGUUUGGCUCGACCCACUCAACGACCCGGGACUCCCAAUCAUUAAGCUUGCAAGACUGGUGACGGCACGCGCUUCAGGUCCGAGGCGUGAAAGUCACAAAGCCAUCGCGAUGACUGUAGACCCUCAGAAUAUAAUCACAGUGCGCAUGGGGACUGCGCAGCAAGAAAGAAGCAGGCUUUCUAUUUUUCUUCGGGAUUCGCGUGCUCGGCGGCUGUCGUGUCAACUUUUAUUUUUCGCGACAUUGAAAAUUUCCAACGGAAAAGAAAUGCUUCAGCGCGCGCAUUUAGAAGUUGAAGAAAAUCCGCAAAAUGAGAACCGAAAAUAGCCGCCCACGGAUGUUGUUUUGUAUGGUUUUACCUGGGCGGGGUGUCUCAUGGAUGUUUUUGCUUUUCGCCCGGUUUUAGGAAUUGGGGUUUUGUCUUGCGGGAAUUCAUCCUGUCCGAGAUUGCCGUCGAUGCCGUGGCGGCCCACAUGUAGAUGGUGGCUGUCUCCUCGUUGGGCCUUUUUGAUUUUGCUGAACGAAGCCCCUUGCCUGAUUACUUUGGGACCAAUUUGAUUUGGCGAGACCCGGCCAGUCGUUUUUUCGGGCUUGGGCCGGCCUUCGCCUGCUUUCCCGGGUUGCGGGGUUUGGGGAAAUCCCGCAAGAAUUGGGCUGAAAUUAGCGGCCGCCGCCGCCCCGGGCUUUCUGGCUGAGGCUCCUCCUUGCCCCUGUGAUCAGUUGGGCGGGUUCUGCUCGUUGAUCAGUGCGUGGCGAAGUGCUCCGCUUGCCUGCUCCAUCAACUUGCCGCGCGCGCCUGCGCCGGCUGUCGGAGGCGCACUAAUUCAGGAGAGGUAGGCCGUCGUAGAGGCGAACUUACUCCCGCGGCGAGCCGCCUCCCGUUUGGCCCGCGUUUCCAUUUAUUGCGCUGCUUCCAUCACUAGUGCGCGGCCCAGUUAUUUAUACUUGGGCAUCACAGGAGAGACCGUCUCAGCCAGUUACAGCGCCAUCGGGAGAGACCCGCGAGGUUGAAAGCGGAGUCACGUUUCUAAGUUGGAAUCACGCUCGUGGAGUCACGCUUAGACCAAAGCCAAGCUGUCGGAGUCAGGUUGGCAGUGUUUGGGCUUCGGGUUUGGGGUCUAGGGUUUGGGGCUUCUGGUCGUCGGCCGGUGGCGGCUGCCCUGGCCGCGGACUUUCCCUGGACGCCCUUGCGGCAGUGCGCCCCCGCACCCUCCCCGCCUUCGUGGUUGUGCUGUCGCCCCCAUGGAGUUCUCCUGGCCCUCAUUGGCCGGCCCCUGGGCCGGCGGCGGCGGGGCGUGUCAUUGAUUCCGGUGGACCAUUGGGGCCGACCGGCGUUCGUUUAGGUUGUGGGCAUUUCGGCGUCUAGGUUGCUCCCUGCCCCGGUCUAUCGAGCUUUGAGGUAAGAGGCCACCGCACCCGCAACGCAACGCUUCCAGCUGAAUCAACUUGAUUCGGCGAACGCGAUUCGGUCGCAAACGUGACUCCGUUAACGCGAUUCCAGAAAUGUCAAAACGUGAUAGCGCCGCCUUCCGCAAAAAUAUUUGCAGUGUCGAAAAAGAAGGAAGCCUAAACCGAUGAAAAUAGCUUGGAAACACUUAUAGUACAAAGUUAAAAACACUUGCGCAAAGAAAGCCUUCCAAAGUUAGAAACACUUCUGCAGAUGGUCGGGCUAUCGGUGUGCUUUUCUUGACGAUAACCGCUGCAAAAUGUUGAUGCGAGAAGAUAUCAAGGAGUGGCUCCUUGAACUGUUGAAGGACGGAACCAAGCAGAAUAUUGUAGGGUCUUGUUUGCCUUCUAUGGUUUCAAGUAGCUCGAGACGCUGACUCUACAGCGAAGCUUUGACGGCAACAUGAAAUUCAAGCGCUUGAAUGAAAAUGAAGUCAAUUAUUGCAUCUGCAGCAACGACGUCGCUGUAGCAGUAUACCUACUUAAUACUUAUAUAUACUCUGAUGGCAUCUACAACUACAUCGCCACCUUCCUCUAGAAAGAAGAGCUUUCAUCAUACCCUCCUUCAUGUACCGACACACAACACAACAGCUGAUGACCAGCAGCGCGAAGGACAAGGCGUGUUUUAAGAAGCGCUUUUUUCUGGACAUGUAUGACGAGCAGAAAGGCCCAUCGGAAUCUGUAUUCUACAGUUUUUGCAAGGCGAGCAGAAACUUCUUCGGAUGUGUGGCGACGGAACGUUUAUUUUCUUGCUCUUUUGUAUUGGAUUGCUGCACGAGCACGAACUCGAACACACAUGAGACAAAUACGAAAUCACGGUACGUACGCGAGUAGGGGGUCGCACUGAGAUGCAUUUGCGCACGAUGAAAGACAUACCAUGCAUGGGAGAUAGUACAUGAUAAAGUGAAUCAAUACAUGCCGAACAGUGAUUGCGAUAGCAGUGUCUUUCUCUUGGAUAGUAUCCAAGGAAAAAGUGUGUAAGAGCAACUUUUUUGGAGGAAAAGAAUUGGCAUGAAAGCAAAUGCGCAAGUAGGGACUGAGUGAGCUCCUGGAACCACGGAUGACCAGCAUGACAAACGCAGCCAUCUUGGAUGUUGCGCAUCACUAAGUGAACUCACUUCACACUUUUUUUCUUGCAUAGAUGACAUGCCCGAAGGUCAUAAGAGACUCCCCCGCGGAAUGAAGUUUCCCAGUUGCUUAUCGGAAAGAAAAUGAACGUACCGAUUCCGAUCCCAGGCGUGUCAUGCAGCAGAUACGUCGUAAUAUGCAGGAGGUCCUCUCUAAUGCGGCCGCAUUGCAUGAGAGCCAUUUUGUGCUGGUGUUUGGAAACGUGUCAACAUGAUGCUCCAAUGACAAUACAGCACAAGAAGUGAGUGCGUUACGCGGGCACGCUUCCGGAUAGCACCAUGUGUAUGCACGACUCUGCUGGGUAUCCAAAUUUGUCAUGCGUGGUGACUUUCAAACGUUGUGACCUUACCGUUGCCUUGCAGAAAUUCCAUCUAGAUAUGUUUAUGGGGAUCCGGAGGGACGUUUUCGCAAAUCAUAUUGCCUAACACAGUGAAAAAUCAUCCUUCCCGAUGCUCGAGUUGCGAAGAUUUGUACUGGAGAGAUUUAAUUUCCUGAAUCGCAGGAAAGAGGGAAGGCGAUUUUUCCGCAUCAUAAUGCCCGAAAUUUAUGGAGCAGGAGGUGACGAAAUGCUUUGCUGAGCAGCCUGUCGCGAUCCAGAAUUUUCUCGUGGAAUUCGGAACCGGCAGUCCAAAAAGCUUUGUGGUGAUUAUCAACAAGGAGGCAUGGCAACGUUACGUCUCACAUUGCGGGUACUUACAACAGUGAACUUUUUCAUGAAUGCUGCUUGUUGUCGUCGUGGUGUCCUUUCCGUCAGUGCCCUCAUCGAUCAUCUGGGUAAAAGAUCAAACGUCUAUGAUUAUGUGCCGGGGAGAAAUCUAAGUUGCAGAGUGGAAUUCAACGCAUGUAUGAGAAGUACGAGUAGUGCAGUUUUUCUUUGAUACACUCCACAUCCCCGUAAUCGCACGUUGCUUUUUUUGGUGCCUAAGCAUAUGUAAAUACGCUUCUCAAGCUCGUCGACCUAUUCAUUGGCAGGCACGAGUUGCAUGAUAAUGAAGAUGAUACGAAUAGACUUUUAUUGAGAACGUGAGCAACCGAGGCUGAAGCGGUACAUUCUUGUUGGAGACUUGUUUCAUAGAAUAAGCUUCUGCUGCCGUGGCAGCGGCGGAGGGUGCGUAUGGUCUGCGGGGCCACGUUGGUUGCUGACCCUGGGUCGCUUUGAACGGCCUGAUUGAUAAGUAAUUGUAUCUGUCUAGGCCAAGAAAUGACGGUGGCGGCCAGGUGGCAGCCGUGAAACGACGGUGGCGGUCAUGCAAAACGGCAAAAAUUUCGAGCGUCCGGAAACAUUUUUACACAGUGAGAGUUUCCAUUUACUUCUAAGCGGCCGGGGCUUUCUUGUCAAACAAGCCCGAGGGAAUUGCAUCGAUUGCCGCUUGAUGAAACCGGCAAAAGGGGCGCCCGUCUGAGGAGCCUACAGCCUUGGUUUUUGGCGGAUUCAGGCAGCCAAAAAGGGGCGCCCAAAAAAUGCCAAGGAAGUAAAAGCCGCGAAUUCGCAUGGUAUGGGCACCAUUUUUGCCCACGUUUGGGCUCCACAAAAACCGCAAACAAAGUCGAGCACUUCAGAGGCACGACUGCUGCUCUAGCAGCACGAUAGCAGCACCAGGCGCCAGCCCUUUGUCAUCUACUACGUCAAACUAUCUAGUCGUAGUCGAAGAAAUUCAUUGCCAUAGCCAUACUGUGAGGAAAAAUCCCCCUCCCCAUGCGCAAGGGGAGCCCUUGUGGUUGUGAUGCUGCAAAAUUGUGGCCACAAGUUAGCUCGGCCUUAUAGGAAGGCAAGUGCAGAGGUGUUGUGCGCCGCCUCAUGGAUGCGAUUUGCCAUGCUGCUGAGCCUACUACAGCGCAGGCGUUUGCCAUGCUAAACACCUACAGCACACCCACAAGCCGAGAACUUGGCUGCACUUCCUUACAGCUUGGUGACCACAGGCCUCAUUGUCAUUUGCCUAUAACACAAAUGCAGCAUCAGAAGCUUGUUUGGAAUAUGGUGGGGAGUGGGGUGAUUUUUCAUUUUGAUAUACCAAACCCAACUAACAGCCUCGACCAGAAGGUAGAGUUGGUCCGCGUAGAGGCAACGGUGAAGCGUAUCUGCGACGAGUUGAUACCCUGUGUAAAAACGCCCCCACCCCAGAUUUGUAACGCCAUUCUCCCUUUGUUUAAUUCCAAAAAAGUUCGAAGCUUCUCUGUGCUUUGGUCUUUUCCAGUACAUAAAACGCCCCAGAUUUGUAACGCAAAUCUGCAAGCCUAGAGUAAGGGGGUUUGUCAUGCUGCCGAAAGACAUUUGAGGGCUUGUCAAGCCGAAAGACGUUUGGGGGUUUGUCAUGUUGCGCUCAGGACAAGACGAUCAAUCUGCGACUCUGUUUCGCAGAAUGAAUACGUAGGAUAACUACACUACAAGCCCAAGCUUGCCGCGCACAAAAGUCAAAACUAACUGGUUCAAUUGUCUUGCAAAUUCACCACCAGCUUGACUUUGGAGCGGGGACGUUUUUACACAGGAAAGUUGACCAAGUCUACCUACGACGCUCCGCUAGCGCAUUGGAAGCAAGCUCUGGGCUUUAUCAAACGCAAAAAUAAACCGAAAAUCACCGCCCUGUACUAUGAGGAAAACCAAUAUACCUCGCACUCGCACAGCGGAGGAGCUCUUCACUUGUAGUGCAGACAUUGUUGGCUUUCUUGCUGUUGAUGUAUGAUGUGGAUCAGUUUUAAGAUCAGAAGGGAAAAAAAUGAUCUCUACGCCCGGUAUGAUGUUCACGAUCACGAGUUCAGUGCGCACGAUAGCAGAAGGCAUGCGUCUCCCUUUGUUCUUCGAGAUCACAGCAGCAGCAGGGCUUGCACUAGGACUAGCGGGAGAGCCACAGCACUUGUGCUCCAAACCAAGAACGUCAGGGCUUCUUUUCGGUAUGGGGCGGAAGGAUUCCCUUUAUUUCUGAUGAUACCCGACCUGCGCAAACUGGAUGACCUGGACUUCACACUGGAAACAUUCAAGAAGUGCAAGGUUGCGCCGCUGCUCCAUCGAUACCGCAAACAUGAGGACCGCCAGGUAGUGCAGAAGGCGACGGAUUUGCUGAAGAAGUAUAAAAAACACGCGGAAGAACUCCUCAAGAGCAGUGCCGUCGAGGACUCCGCGAACCUCGUGGAGGCAGUAGGAGACCGUGAUAUGGUCGACGAUGACGACGACCUUUUCUGA